CACAUCCGCGCGUUUCCGUCAAAAAUGUCAAACUCCCACCACACAAACCGUGCUCGUGUCACUUUGGGUUUUGAGGAUCUGAACCCUCGGUCUCCAUGAGGGAUGGCGGAUGAGGGAUCGGUUCCUUUGCGGCUGGUCGGACGGAUCCGGACCGGACCCGCUGCAGGUGAAUGAACAGGUUUCAUCCGCAACAACAAGUGGAAUAAUAAUAAUAAUAAUUACUAAUCGGUGCACUGCUGCUCGAGAUGGAUCUGAAAGUGGAAGCAGAGGACAUGGACUCAAACCAGCCUCCCCCCAUCGAAGUUUUUGCUCACAGUUCCACGCUGCACGGAAUCUCGCACAUCUUCACCUACGAGCGCUUCUGCAUCAAACGCUGCCUGUGGCUUGUCUUUUUCCUCGGAUCGCUCACCUUCUUGUUGUUCGUGUGCGUGGACCGGAUCCACUUCUACCUCGAGUACCCCCACGUCACCAAACUGGACGAGAUCGUCACCCCGACUAUGACGUUUCCUGCUGUCACUUUUUGCAACCUGAACGCGUUCCGUUUCAGUCGCGUGACGCGCAACGACCUGUACCACGCGGGAGAGCUGCUGGCCCUGCUCAACCAGAGGUAUGAGAUCAGGGAUGUGCAUCUUGUAGAGGAGAGCGUUCUGGAGAGCCUAAAAGUCAAAGCUGACUUCCACAAUUUCAAGCCGAGACCCUUUAACAUGCGAGAAUUCUACGACCGCACCGGCCACGAUAUCACAGAGAUGCUGCUUUCCUGUCACUUCCACGGCACUGAGUGCAGAGCAGACGACUUCAAAGUGGUCUUCACUCGAUACGGGAAGUGUUACACCUUCAACGCCGGAGGUAAUGGACACCUUCCCCUCAUCACUACCAAAGGCGGGAUGGGAAACGGACUUGCGCUCAUGCUGGACAUUCAGCAAGAUGAAUACCUGCCUGUCUGGGGAGACACAGACGAGAUGUCCUUUGAAGCUGGGGUCAAGGUUCAGAUCCACAGUCAGGAUGAACCAUCCUUCAUCGACCAGUUUGGGUUUGGGGUGGCACCUGGGUUCCAGACGUUCGUGUCCUGCCAAGAACAGAGGCUGAUAUAUCUUCCUCCACCUUGGGGCGACUGCAAGGUAACACCUAUGGAUUCAGACUUCUUUGACAGUUACAGCAUCACAGCCUGUCGCAUUGACUGUGAAACACGCUACCUAGUGGACAACUGUAACUGUCGUAUGGUGCACAUGCCCGGCGAUGCACCCUACUGCACUCCUGAGCUUUACAAAGAAUGUGCUGAUCCAGCUCUAGACUUCCUGGUGGAGAGGGACAAUGAUUUCUGUGUGUGUGAGACACCGUGCAACAUGACCAGGUACAGCAAGGAACUGUCCUUUGUCAAAAUCCCCAGCAAGGCCUCUGCUAAGUACCUCGCAAAGAAAUACAACAGAUCUGAGCAAUAUAUCAAAGAGAAUAUUCUGGUUUUAGACAUCUUCUUUGAAGCUCUAAACUAUGAAACUAUUGAGCAGAAGAAGGCUUAUGAAGUGGCUGGACUUUUAGGUACAGCUUUGGAGUCUCUGUGUUGUUUGGAGAUUAUUUUUUUUAUGCUUUUAAUAAUAUAUUUACCCAAUUUUGUUCCAGGUGAUAUUGGUGGCCAAAUGGGACUUUUUAUUGGGGCAAGCAUAUUGACUAUUCUGGAGCUAUUUGACUAUCUUUAUGAGGUGAUAAAGUCCAAGUUGUGUCGCUGCUCAGACAAGAAGCACAAACACAACAACAGUGACCAGGGAACUGUCCUGAGCCUAGAUGAUGUCAAGUGCCAUGUCACCAACUUUCACUAGGCUACUCCAGCUGUGAAUAGGGUGACGCUGCCAUCUGCUCUCAAUGUGGUAGUGUGAACUUUGUUCAUUGAUCCAGACUGCUGUAAUGGCAGAGAAUGGGAAUUGUGCUGAGCUUUUAUGAGCAAUGUGGUGGAUACGGGUGUACACGGAGGCUAUAGAAAAGAAACUGCCAUAUGGACGGCAGGAAGGACACCAGUGAUGAUGUGGAGAAUUCCCAAAAUGUAGAAAUACAUGCAUGGAUAUCUGUAAACAGCUUUUAAAGACACAACUACAGCAAAUGGGGCCAUCAAGUCAUCGGUUCACCUGUGGUGGUUUGUCGUGUCAUUUUGAAAGAAGCUUUCUCAUACAGAUGAUCUGAUAUGCUUGUUUUUGUACAAUUCCCUUUUUUUAUUUCAGGUGUUUAUUUCUUCAUUUAUUUAUUUGUCUGUUUGUUUGUUUGUUUGCCCUUUUUGGAUAGGAUUAGUUUUGCAUUGGGGUUUGGGGUUAUGUCAUUAUUACCAGUGUUUUUCUGUGAUUUUAGUCGCACCCAAAUACACCAUUUCAGUUAUUUUUGCAGACUGAGCAACUCUGCAUCUGUAUAGAUUCCAGAACUUUUACGUUCUGUACAAUAAUUUGCAGAAGUAACAGACAUAUCAGUGAACAUUCUGUCAUAUCCUGUGGAGUCUUUGGCCCUUUAUUUAUAGAGGCACUUGAAGAGGCAUUUGGAAGAUAGUCAGUCUGGCACCAGCAAA